AUGGCAGAAUAUGAAGCAUGUAUUAUGGGUAUUCGUGCAACCAUUGAACGAAAAAUUAAAGUGCUAAAAGUGUAUGGAGAUUCUGCAUUGGUGAUAUACCAACUCAAUGGAGAAUGGGAAACUAGGGACCCUAAGUUGAUCAAUUAUAAAGAUCUGGUUCUUGAAUUGAUUGAUGAGUUUGAUGACAUCACCUUCUGUUACCUCCCACGAUAUGAAAACCAGAUGGUUGACGCAUUGGCUACUUUAGCCUCGAUGAUUAGGGUGAACAAGUUGGAAAUCAUGAAGCCUAUUCAGAUGAGCAUAUAUGAGGUUUCGGCUCAUUGCUACAAUAUUGAAGAGGAGGGAAAAGAUGAUCAUCCUUGGCAUCAGAGCAUACUACAAUAUGUGAAGAAUCGAAAAUACCCUGAUCAAGCGACAGAGAACGACAAAAGAACAUUGAGAAGAAUAGCCAUUGAAUAUGUCUUAGAUGGGGAAGUGUUGUACAAGAGAGGGAAAGAUCAAGUGCUGUUAAGAUGUAUAGAUACCGUGAAGGCUAGAAAGAUCCUGGAAGAAGUCCAUGAGGGCAUUUACGAAACUCGUGCAAAUGCUUACCAAACAUCUGUUAGGACCUCUACUGGGGCAACACCCUUUGCUCUCGUUUAUGGGAUGGAAGUCGUAUUACCCAUUGAGGUGGAGAUUCCUUCUCUUUGGGUAUUAGCUGAACUAAAAUUGGAUGAAGCAGAAUGGGUUUAG